UCUCCUCCGUCUGUGUCGCCCGGCCGCCUUGGCUCCGCCGUGCGGCGCGCCUCGCCUGCGUCUCUGUCGUCCUUAGUGGCUCCACUGCGUCUGUCUCUGGCGUCCGGAGCUCUGCGUGCGGCCUCCUCUCCAAUACGGGCAACUCUCCUCGCUGGUGGCCUACCUCUGUAACGGUUCUGCAACCCAGCCUGUAACUGAAAACAAUGUCAAUCUGAAGACAUGCUUUUUUCCUGUUCUCUUCAAGGAUUAUCAUGAAAAACUUUUUCUGUUUUGAAUAAAUGAUUCGAUGUAGAGCUUUUCUGUUUUGAAUAAACGAUUCCGUGUCUUCUCCCAUUCCAAGAUUUUUCCCAUUCCCUUUGUUUUCCAUAUUCUAGGGUUCACUUUCGAUUUCCAACCCUAAUCUGUCGUUCCCCCAUUCUCAUUCUUUCGUUUUAAAACCCGCCCAAUUUCUCAAUUUUGGUUUCCAUCUUCCAAUUCUUUUUGAGUUGAAGAAAAAAAUGCCGGCAUUUUUGUUCACCGCGAAGGCACUCUGCUCCUUAGCGUCACGCAGAAGCGGCGUAGCUCAAUUGAUUAGGAGGAGAGGCAGCAACAAAUUCCUCGGCUGUCGGUGCCUUACCUCCAUCGCUGGCGGUGCCACCAAUCAGAUUCAGUCCCUUGGAUGCCACGUUGCGGGUUUCCCGUUUACGGGAGCGUUGAAUAACAGCAAUGCUGCUGUCCAAACGAGGCACUUUCUUGGAUGUGGAGAUGGUGAAGAAGGUGUUCUCUCCAAAAUAUACGAGGAGAAGCGCGUUUUGGGGUAUUCGCCAGAGCAAUUAUUUGAUGUUGUUGCAGCUGUUGACUUCUAUCAUGGGUUUGUCCCCUGGUGUCAAAGGUCGGAGAUACUUAGGCACUAUCCAAAUGGGUCAUUUGAUGCUGAGUUGGAGAUUGGAUUUAAAUUUCUUGUUGAAAGUUAUGUUUCUCAUGUUGAAUUGGAGAGACCAAAGCGUAUAAAGACAACCGUUUCACAGAGUACCUUGUUUGAUCAUUUGAUAAACAUAUGGGAAUUCAAUCCAGGCCCAGUUCCAGGGACUUGCAAUAUUUAUUUUCUGGUGGAUUUUAAGUUUCAGUCACCACUUUAUAGACAGAUUGCAUCUAUGUUCUUCAAGGAGGUAGCCUCUAGGAUGGUUGGUUCAUUUACUGAGCGUUGCCGUUUGAUAUAUGGACCAGAAGUGCAGGUCUAUGAAAGGUCAUAAUUUAAUUGGUUUGGACAUCAGUUUCUUGCCUUGAACAGGGCUAAGGUCAAUUUACAGGUUUAACAUUAAUUGGGAAAGUUUUUGAUUGUGCCGCCCAAUGCUGAAUGAAUUCAAUUGAUCGUUUCUCUUUUUAAUACCAGGUGAUAUUUGUAAUAUGUAGAUGAAUUCUACAAUACACCCGGUACAAUCUUGAAAGUGACCUGAAUUUAACGUGAAUUUUUUCCCCUUAAAAAAAAAGGACCUAGAGUGGAAAAAAGCUAUCGCAUAUCCUUUCUUGGUUUAUGUGAAAUGGACAUAUAUAUUUCUUCCAAUGCAAUACAUACACGUUAUC